CCUCCUACCAUUUUUUUUAUGGGCUAGUGAUGGGAGUUCCUAGCUGUGCACAUGUCCAUAUGAUCAUGAUUCGUAAGUAAUUUGAUUUUUUAAAAGUGUCAUUAAUACAUUUUAAUUUGUUUGAAAAAUUUAAUUCCUUUCAUGAUAGAUGAUAAUGAAGGAGAAAAUUUUUCUUCAUCGUGGAUGAAGAAAAACCCACUAUUAGGAUCCCAUAAUCCCUUUCUCUUUUAAAAUGAAAAAAUAUCUAAAGUAUACUUGGCAUUAUUCCUGAAGUCCCAUCGGCGUUAGUACCUAUGGAUAAAGAGAUAUUCUCUUCAUCGCAGAGGGUGCCAAAAUCCAACCAAAAUGGUUGGACCGAACCCUUAUUAGGCAGUUUCUGUUGGGGUUUCGGAGGCUAGCUAAAGCUGAACCAACUGAAUAUAUUGCCUGAAUCCAGAAACCUAACUGAACCUAGGUCUAAACUAAUAGAAAACCAAUAAGAAACUGAAAAGGUGAAAAAAAUGAAUGUUUUUAUUACUGCUUUUUAAUACUUGUACGUACACUAAAACCGAGCCAGACCAAAAUUGGUAUCAAAUCGAUAAUAACCCAAUAGGAAGAGACAAAAUCCCAAUGAACCAGAUUAAACAGAUCAGAUUCGAACUGUGGCUUAUUCUCAGAUCAAAAUCGGUUCAGUCCGACCAAAACCAGACCGAACCAAGCUUGGUCUGUGAUGAGCCCAAGCGGCCAAGCCUGGACGGGGUGGGCUAGAGUUGAGAUUUCCUAAACCCCAAUAGCACACCGCUACCUUCACCUAAAUACCGUGAAGGCAUGAAUGGUGCCAUUCACGUGACGUGUCAAGUGUGACAUGUGAAAAUGAGGCCUCCGUUAAAGAACCUUUCUACAGCUACACGUGUCUUCUGUAUGCCACGGCUUAAGCGCCAAGUGUCUUUAUCAGCUUGAAGAUUCUUCUUCCCUCCCCCAACUGAUUUUUUAAUUUUUCCCCCUAACCUCUAACUGAUGCUCUCCUUCUUUCAAGAAGUGAAGCAGUAAAGCUUUUUAGCAAAAAAAGAAAAAAAAAAGAAAAAAAGAAGCAGUGAAGCUUUUGAUCCCCUUAGUUCUCCGAAGGUCUCCCAUGGAGGCUCUGCAGAUCAAUCGUAUUGUUAUCUGCAAAUUUCCUCUAACAUUGUCGGAGAAUCCACAAAAUUCGGGUCUGGUCAAGCAAAAAUGUUUUGCUUCCUGGAGGAUUCGGAGAGGCGGUGCUUCUCUGCUGCUUAGAAGAUCUGUCGCAGAUAAAAAUAAGGUUCAGUUUCGUAGUUUACGAGACAAGUUCACUGCUGGAGCUAGGAGGAAAGACGAGGAUGGUUCUCGAAUUGGGCUUCAGCUAUUUCCUGAGUUUGGUGAAGAGGAAGUUGUUGAGUCUGAUUUGGGUAUAGUUAGUGAUAAAGGAGAAGAAACUAAGGGUAUUGAUGAAGAGGAGAAACCUCCAACCAAAGUUACCUAUAACAUUGUUUUUGUUACUUCUGAAGCAGCGCCAUAUUCAAAGACAGGAGGUUUAGGAGAUGUUUGUGGUUCUCUGCCUCUUGCGCUUGCUGCUCGCGGGCAUUCUGUCAUGGUAGUUUCACCAAGAUAUCUGCGUGGUGGUCCUUCGGAUAAGAUUUUUGGAGGUGCAUUUGAUGUUAAUUGCCGCAUAAAGAUCUCUUGUUUUGGUGGGUUGCAGGAAGUUGCAUUCUUCCAUGAGUACAGAGCAGGUGUUGAUUGGGUAUUUGUAGACCACCCAUCUUAUCACAGACCUGGAAAUCCAUAUGGUGAUAGUCAGGGUGCUUUUGGUGAUAAUCAGUUCCGGUUCACAUUGCUUUGCCAUGCAGCAUGUGAAGCUCCGUUAGUAAUUCCACUGAGAGGGUCCACCUAUGGCGAGAAGUGUUUGUUCCUUGCUAAUGAUUGGCAUGGAGGCCUUGUUCCAGUCCUUUUGGCAGCCAAGUAUCGCCCACAUGGAGUUUACAAGGAUGCCCGCAGUAUACUUGUCUUACAUAACCUUGCACAUCAGGGGGUGGAGCCUGCAUCAACUUACAUGAAUUUUGGGUUGCCACCUGAAUGGUAUGGAGCACUGGAGUGGGUUUUUCCGACAUGGGCAAGGACACAUGCUCUUGACACAGGGGAAGCAGUGAAUAUUUUGAAAGGCGCAAUUGUUACAGCUGAUCGAAUACUGACAGUUAGCCAGGGUUACUCUUGGGAAAUUACUACAGCUGAAGGUGGACAGGGUCUAAAUGAACUCCUAAGUAGUCGAAAGAGUAUUUUGAAUGGAAUUGUUAAUGGUAUCAAUGUUGAUGAGUGGAACCCAGCUUCAGAUGAACAUAUUCCUUUCCAUUACUCUGUUGAUGACCUCUCUGGAAAGGUUCAAUGUAAGACUGCUCUGCAGGAGGAAUUAGGCCUUGCUGUACGACCUGAUUGUCCCGUGAUCGGGUUCAUUGGGAGACUGGACUACCAAAAAGGUGUUGACCUUAUUCUCUCGGCAAUUCCAGAGCUUAUGCAAGAUGACAUCCAAUUUAUUAUGCUUGGGUCAGGGGAUCUAUGGUUUGAGAAUUGGAUGAGAGCACUGGAAUCUACUUAUACAGACAAGUUUCGGGGCUGGGUCGGAUUUAGUGUCCCUGUAUCUCAUAGAAUAACUGCAGGCUGCGACAUAUUAUUGAUGCCAUCAAGAUUUGAGCCGUGCGGACUGAAUCAGCUAUAUGCUAUGAGAUAUGGAACUGUCCCUGUUGUGCAUGGCACUGGAGGGCUUAAAGAUACGGUUGAGAAUUUUAACCCAUAUGCUGAAGAAGGCAGCGGUCAGGGUACUGGGUGGGCCUUUUCUCCAUUAUCAAAGGAGAGUAUGUUAGCGGGCCUGAGGCUUGCCACUGGGACAUACAGGGAACACAAUUCUUCUUGGGAGGGAUUGAUGAAGAGAGGCAUGGAGAAGGACUACACCUGGGACAAAGCCGCUACUCAGUAUGAGCAAGUUAUUGAAUGGGCCUUCUAUGAUCCACCUUAUGUACAAUGACGUUAGAAAAGCAUGGAUAUUUUUCACUGCCUACCCCAUUUUGUAUGAAUUUGUUAAUAGUAAUUUUUUUUUGGACAAUUAUUUUAUUUUAUAUUAUUUUUUUGUAAA